AUGGCACUAUACAGGGCGCACAGGAACACAUAUCACGACAGCGCGCAGGUCGUCUGCGAUGUUUGCGGGGCGCAACUGAGCACUUUGUCGGCUUUGAAAGAACACAAAGUCACACAUGACCCUGAACACGGCAAAGAGAGAACGCACGUCUGUGAGGUUUGCGGCAAAAGCUAUCUGACUGUGAGGAACCUGAGAAGCCAUGUCAAGUCGCAUUCUAACCUCAAAACUCACGUGUGUAGUAUAUGUGGGAAAUCCGUUAGCAGCAAGGCUAUCUUAGAAACGCAUGUCAAGAUGCACACAGGUGUUAGAGACUUCCACUGCCGCGUGUGUAACAAGACGUUUGCAUCCAAAGAGUACCUUCAAACUCACCAAAGGAUCCAUACAGGUGAUAAGCCGUUCAAGUGUCACGUGUGCGGUAAAACGUUUACGCAAAAGACUUCUUUGACAGUUCAUAUUCGGUAUCAUACAGGGCAGAAGCCUUACAAAUGCGAAUCUUGUGGACAAGGCUUUGCUAAUAAGACCACCUUGAGAUUGCAUGAACGCAGGCAUACUGGAGAGCGGCCUUACAAGUGCGAAGAGUGCGGCAAAACGUUCACUUUACGCACGACGCUCAAGUCGCACAUGCGCACGCACACCGGCGAGCGGCCAUUCGUGUGCGAACAGUGCGGGAAGGCGUUUACGCAAAGGCAAAGCCUCCGAGAUCACCAGCUGAUUCACAAAGGCGAGAAGCCUCUACAAUGCCCAGAAUGCAAUCGAUGUUUCACCAUCCAAACCUCGCUAAACGCCCAUUUACGCACUCAUACGGGCGACAGACCGUACGUGUGUCAGGAUUGCGGAAAGGCCUUUACACAAAAGUCACCGUUAAAGAUCCACAUGCGAUACCAUUCUGGAGUGAAACCUUUGCAAUGUCCUGAAUGCGACAAGUGUUUCACGAAACGCAGCACAUUGAAAGCGCAUCUGCGCACACAUACCGGAGAUAGACCGUAUGAUUGCAAGGAGUGCGGCAAGGCGUUUACGCAGCGGUCACCUUUGAUUAUUCACAUGCGGUACCACACCGGAGAAAGGCCAUAUCAGUGCAGUUUUUGUCAGAAGAGCUUUGUUAGCAAAACGAGCCUCAGAGACCACUUGUUGAUCCACCAAGGAGUGAAACCUUUGCAAUGUCCUGAAUGCGACAAGUGUUUCACGAUACGCAGCACAUUGAAAACGCAUCUGCGCACACAUACCGGAGAUAGACCGUAUGAAUGCAAGGAGUGCGGCAAGGCGUUUACGCAGAGGUCACCUUUGAUUAUUCACAUGCGGUACCACACCGGAGAAAGGCCAUAUCAGUGCAGAGAAUGUGGUAGAGGAUUUUCCCACAAGUCAAGUUUAAAGACUCACAUGCGAACGCACACUGGGGACAAGCCUUAUGCUUGCACGGGUUGUGAUAGGACGUUCUCCUAUCAAACUUCCUUGAUCGUGCAUCUGCAGACUCACACCACUGAGAAGCCGUUUGUCUGCUCGGAAUGUGGUAAGACGUUUGCACUGAAAGAGUACUUGACGAUUCACAUGCGCAUCCAUACCGGAGAGAAACCGCAUAAGUGCAAGGUGUGCGACAAGGCAUUCACGCAGUGGUCAGGUUUGAACAUCCACAUGCGGAAACACAGCGACGAAAGACCAUUUCAAUGCAAAGAAUGUGGAAAGGCAUACAAAGAGAAAAAAGGUUUGACGCAUCACAUGAGGAUACACACCGGCGACAAGCCAUAUGCUUGCACAAAAUGUGAUAGAAGGUUCGCGCACAGGACUGCUUCAAUCGUGCAUAUGCAAUCGCACACCGCUGAUAAACCAUUUGACUGCCCAAAAUGUGACAAGUCGUUCGGAUUGAAGCACUACUUAGCGAAGCAUCUGCGGACCCAUACUGGAGAGAAGCUAUAUAAGUGCAAAGAGUGUAACAAAGCUUAUACAGCAAGGUCUACCUUGAAAGUACACAUGCGGAACCACACCGGCGAAAGACCGUAUGAAUGCAAGCCGUGCGGAAAGGCAUACAAACAGGAACAUUUCUUAACAAUUCACAUGCGAAUCCAUACCGGAGCAAAACCGCAUAAAUGCAAAGAGUGUGGCAAGGGAUUCCACAAAAGGUCAGCUUUGACCCAUCAUCAACAAUACCAUACAGGCAAAACUCCGUUUCAAUGCGAACGAUGCGGCAGCCUCUUUGCCUUGAAGUAUGUGCUGAAGAAGCAUAUGGAGAUUCACAGUGACGUAAAGCCCUACGUGUGCAAAGAGUGUGGCAAGGGCUUUAAGAAGAACUGCUCUUUGAUAACGCAUAUUCGUACGCAUACGAACGAAAGACCAUUCAAGUGCACCAUGUGCGAUAAGAGUUUCAAGCAACUGGGGAGUUUGAACAAGCACAAGUUGUGCCAUGCAAGCGAAAAACCGUUCAAGUGUGGAACUUGCAACAAAUCAUUCACUGACAAAUACAAACUGUCGUCACAUGAGCGGAUACACACUGGAGACAAACCAUUCAAGUGCACUGAAUGUGAAAAGUCGUUCAAUAAAACGGAAUCUCUAACAAUACAUAUCCGUACGCAUACUGGAGAGAAACCAUACAGUUGCAGUCUAUGCGGGAAACGUUUUAGGGCGAGUGGUGGCCUAGCUCAUCAUAUGCGCACCCACAGCGAUGAAAAACCAUUCCAGUGCAAAAUUUGCGGAAAGGGUUUCAAGAAAAAUGACGCCUUGGUGGUACACACGAGAACUCACACCGGCGAAAAACCUUUCGUAUGCGUUAUUUGCGAUCGAGGGUUUGUUGAGAAAGAUAAAUUGUUGCAACAUAUGGCUAUCCAUACCGGCGAAAGACCUUUCAAAUGUCCAAACUGUGAUAAAGCCUUCAUCAAGCAGUACCUACUUACGCACCAUAUGAAGACACAUGCGGCUGGAAAACCGUAUGAAUGUGACCAGUGCGAUAAGGCUUUUUCCAGAAAUUAUGCUUUGACAUGUCACAGACGACUACAUACAGGCGAAAGGCCGUAUAGGUGUGAUGAGUGUGGAAAAGGGUUUCCCAGAAAUUAUGUGUUGUCUCGCCACAAGCGACGUCAUAAAAUGGAAAAAGAGUACAAAUGCGAAAUCUGUGGAAAGGGCUUUACUAUCAGUACGCACGCCAACGAACACAAGAACUUUCACACCGGAGAAAAGCCAUUUGAAUGCGAGAUCUGUGGCAAACAUUUUAUGUUCUCUUGGUUUCUGUCAUCGCAUCGAAGAAUCCACAGUGGCGAUAAACCUUUCAGUUGUACAAAUUGCCCUAAAAAAUUCGCGAUGAAAGAUCUGCUUACUGAACACAUGCGGGUUCAUACCGGAGAGAAACCAUACACGUGUCAGUUUUGUGGUAAACCGUUUGCCCAUAGAUCGCCGUUCAGGUACCAUCUGAAGACACAUACCGGGGAGAAACCAAACGUUUGCCCCAUCUGUGGUAAGGGCUUCAUCUCACUGGCCGCUAUGAAGAGUCACACCAAGAUAUGCUCAGUAUAG